UUUGGUCAAGGGUCAUUGUCAGAUCUGUCUCCUUCUUCUUUUGUCGUAACGUCCAUCCUCCAGACACGCCUCAGUCUGAGAGCUCGCAGCCACUCAAAGUCACUAAAGGAAGCGUGGGCGGCUAUUAGUAGGUGUGGGCUGUCAAUCAUACCGACCCGCCCAGACGCUUCUCAGACGGGAAGCACACUGAUCACAACUUCUCCAGCAGCUGUGGAGUGGGAGCUCUGUGGCAUCACGCAGUAUCGAAGAGCAAGAAACGUCCAAAAUGUAAGGGAAAAGCAGCAAUACACCUCUUUCUCAAAGUAGGUGUGCAGUGGAAAAGUGUAGCAGUCUUUAAAACGAUGCGUAAAGUUGCUGUUACGCAUCAAGGACCCGCAAUAAUCCGUGCGUAAAAGUGAGACCGAGUGGACAGAAGUAAAACUCCUGCUGUGGAUGAAACGUUUGCUCGGAUACGAUGGAUGCAUCAGUGAGUCUUUGGGACGUCAUGAAAAGCUGACAGUGAGAGGAACAAUCAUUUCGACAUUAUUACAGUGAGUGUCUGCUUUCCAACGUUUGUGGACAGCGCCGGAGCGGAGCCGAGCCGAGCAGAGCAGAGCGCGCAGGCGAGCAGCAGAUGCUGGACAGUGACUAAGCCUUACGGCUGGAAAGCUGAAUUUGUCUGGACUGCAGACUUUAUGUAAGAAGUAGGACAAGCUUUACACCGCCCAACUAGUUCUUUCCGUAAUACGCAGAGACGCGUUGUCGCCUAGCCUCUCGUUGUUAUGACAGACAUCAGCACUGAACCUUCAGUUCUACAGAAAGUUGCAGCUAGCUCAUGCCACUACUCCAGCAGGAGUUAGUGGAAAGUUUUGUCGUUUACAUCCUUCUGACUACCUCUUUUCAACAUGGACGAGAGUGUUGAGUCUGCCGCGGCUGACAGCUGCUCGGACGGGGAGAGCAUCAACCUCAGCGUGCUCAACUGGGAGCAAGUGCAGCGGCUGGACACCAUCCUCACCGGCUCCAUCCCUAUCCACGGCCGGUGGAGCUUCCCCACUUUGGAGGUGAAGCCACGGGAUAUCGUCAAGGUGGUCCGGAGCCGCAUGGAGGAGAAGCGGAUACAUGUCCGGGAGGUGCGACUGAACGGUUCCGCGGCCAGCUACGUCUUGCAUGAGGACAGCGGUCUAGGAUGGAAAGAUCUGGACUUAAUAUUCUGCGCCGAGCUGAAAGGAGAGAUGGAGUUUCAGAUAGUGAAAGAUAUUGUUCUGGACUCUCUUCUAGACUUCUUGCCCGAGGGAGUGAAUAAAGAAAAGAUCACACCAAUGACCUUAAAGGAGGCCUAUGUGCAAAAGAUGGUGAAGGUGUGCAAUGACUCAGACCGCUGGAGUCUCAUUUCCCUCUCCAACAACCAUGGGAAGAACGUGGAGCUCAAGUUCGUGGACUCUCUUCGACGGCAGUUUGAGUUCAGCGUGGACUCCUUCCAGAUCCGCCUGGACUCACUCCUCCUUUUCUACGAGUGCUCAGAGCAUCCAAUGGCCGCCACUUUCCACCCCACAAUUCUCGGGGAGAGUGUCUACGGGGACUUCCCCACUGCCCUCGAUCACCUGCGCAGGCGCCUCAUCUGCACGAGGAGCCCCGAGGAAAUUCGAGGCGGGGGUUUGCUGAAGUACUGCCACCUGCUGGUGCGGGGUUUCCGUGCAGCUUCCAACAGCGAGAUGAAAUUGCUGCAGCGCUACAUGUGCUCGCGCUUUUUCAUAGACUUUCCCGAUGUGAACGAGCAGAGGAGGAAGCUGGAGUCAUAUCUGCAGAACCACUUUGUAGACCUGGAGGACAGGAAAUAUGACUAUCUGGCCACGCUGUACGAUGUGGUGCAGGAGAGCACGGUGUGCCUGAUGGGCCACGAGAGACGUCAGACACUCAGCCUCAUCUCCUCUCUGGCACUGCGGGUCUUGGCCGAGCAGAACGCGAUCCCCAACGCGGCCAACGUCACCUGCUUCUACCAGCCAGCUCCUUAUGUCUCAGAUGGCAACUUCAGCAACUAUUAUGUAGCACAGGUUCAGCCUGUCUACCCCUGUCCUCCCUCGCCUCCUCAGCAUUACCUUUCUCAGCCACAACAUCCCAUGUACGCCACCUGGUUGCCCUGUAAUUAAACUUGUGUACUUUCAUGCACUUUUGCAUAACUGGUGGAACUCAUACCUCUUUGAAAGGGAUAAAUGAAUCAUCUUUUUAUCUCUUUCUUGAGAUAGGAAGUUGAGGGAAAUGAGAGAAGGAAAACCAGGAGACAAAAGUGCAGAUAAAAGAAGAGAAUAAAGAAAGGAGGCGAAAUGAGGACAAGGAACUUGGAUCAAGACAGUGGGCCAGCGAAUGGUUUUUCCCCAUGGUAGGAUGCCACAGCAGGAGGAGCUGAGCACACAGGGAGACAUGCCAAUGAGAGAGGCUGACCCAUCAGUUUCAGGGUUCUGUCAUCAGCUAAGAUUGAUUGUGGACCAAACCACAGCUGAGCCUCAGAAUGACCAAGGAUAUGAUGAUAUUUCUCUUUUGUCUGUUGUGAGUUAGCGCUCACAGGAACUCAUUUCAAAUGAUGAAAGUGUAUAAUAUUCAUAUUAAAAAAAAAAAAAGCAAAA